AUGCACUUCAAGCUCGUUGCUGCACUGCUGGCCCUUAGCUUGCCAUUGGCUUUGGCUGCUCCAACGCCUAGCAAGGACAGCGAAGCCAUUCCCUUCUAUCCAAAGCGCGACAACGAGGGCGAGGCCAUUCCCUUCUAUCCAAAGCGCGACAACGAGGGCGAGGCUAUUCCCUUCUACCCUAAGCGCGACAACGAGGGCGAGGCUAUUCCCUUCUACCCUAAGCGCGACAACGAGGGUGAGGCCAUUCCCUACUAUCCAAAGCGCAACAAUCAGGGUGAGGCCAUUCCCUUCUAUCCAAAGCGUGAUAAUGAGGACGAGGCCAUUCCCUUCUAUCCAAAGCGUGACAACGAGGGCGAAGCCAUUCCCUUCUACCCUUGA